AUGUAUUUUUAUACAAAGAGCGACGACUACAUCAAGCUCGUAAGCGAUACGAUAAACGAAAAGGCAGAUGCACUCAACGAACUGGGCCAAUAUCUGUGGGACAACCCGGAGCUUGCCUUCAAGGAGAAGAAAGCCCACGACUUCAUCACCAAAUAUUUGGAGCCCGAAGGUUUUUCUGUGGCGGGGAACUAUCUCCUGGACACCGCAUACCGGCCGAGUACGGAGUUCGGCAAUGGAAGGCCAGUGGUCAUUAUUAUGCGUGAGUACGACGCACUUCCGGAGAUCGGGAAUGCUUGCGGCCAUAACCUCAUCGCUGAGUGCGCUGUAGCAACCGGAAUCGCCCUGAAAAAAGCGCUUAAAAGUGACUGUUCUCUCUCCGGAAAGGUUGUAGUGCUUGGCACUCCAGGAGAAGAAGAAGGUGAAGGAAAGGUUUACCUCCUCCGAGACGGCGCCUUCGACGGUGCGGACGUCGCGUUAAUGGCGCAUCCGUUCACGAAAAACAUUUCAGAUCCUGCUACCGGUGCUCUGGGUCAGUCAGGAAACCGGAGCUGCCUCCGUCAGCGAUGCCGGGAGACUCCCGGGGAUUCCCCGCCUUUCGGACUCCAUCCUUCAGGCGGCGCACGAGGAAGCCGUCAGCAUCCGAUGCUGUCCGUUGCAAGUUUCGAGUGA